AUGAAGUUGAACAUUUCCUACCCUGCCAAUGGCAGCCAGAAGCUCAUCGACAUUGACGAUGAGCGCAAGCUGGCCGUCUUCAUGGAGAAGCGCAUGGGCGCCGAAGUUGCUGGCGACUCUGUCGGCGACGAGUUCAAGGGCUACAUCUUCCGCAUCACCGGAGGAAACGACAAGCAGGGUUUCCCCAUGAAGCAGGGUGUCAUGCACCCCGGCCGUGUCCGCCUCUUGCUCUCCGACGGCCACUCCUGCUACCGCCCUCGCCGCACCGGCGAGCGCAAGCGAAAGUCGGUCCGUGGCUGCAUCGUCGGCAUGGAUCUGUCCGUCCUGGCCCUCAGCAUCGUCAAGCAGGGUGACGGCGACAUCCCCGGCCUGACCGACGUCGUCCACCCCAAGCGCCUGGGUCCCAAGCGUGCCACCAAGAUCCGCAAGUUCUUUGGCCUCACCAAGGAUGACGAUGUUCGCAAGUACGUCAUCCGCCGCGAGGUCCAGCCCAAGGGUGAGGGCAAGAAGCCUUACACCAAGGCGCCCAAGAUCCAGAGACUGGUCACUCCCCAGCGUCUCCAGCACAAGCGCCAUCGCGCCGCGCUCAAGCGCCGCCAGGCCGAGAAGGUCAAGGACGAGGCCAACGAAUACGCCCAGAUCCUCGCCAAGCGUGUCGCAGAGGCCAAGGCCCACAAGGCCGAUGCCCGUAAGCGCCGCGCCUCUUCUAUGCGCAAGUAA